UCAUCAUGUUUCACUAUAUUAUGCCAGAUUUUACUGAAUCCAUACCAAGAAACUUUAGUAGCUGAAUACAUCUUUCGCGUACACUGUCGUUGUUCAGAAAGGGUUACCCUCAAUAGGAAAGAAAAUAAUUCAAGUACAGAACCGAAACGCUGAAGGACAUACAGGAAUCACAGCUCUCUCUGAGCUCUUGCUUAAGACAUCCUUAGCCUUUGGAAUUUUAGAAACACUGUCUUCGCUGGCUGGCUCAAGAAACACCAAUAAAUCUGUUCUCAAGACAAGAAAAUGGCAAAUUUAUCUGAGGAUAGAAACCACACCGCCAAUUACAACCAAGCAGCAUUUUGUAUCAAUACCUCUUUGGGAGGAGAACUGCAUCUGUUUCUUGUAGUGCUAAAUAUUUGCUUGAGUAUAACUGCUAUUACAUGGAAUGCUCUCAUCCUUAUCGCAUUGCGAAAAAGUUCAGUUCGCCCAGCUACGAAAUUGUUAUUCCGCUGUCUCGCCAGCACAGAUUUCUGCGUUGGUCUCAUUCUGCAGCCCUUCUACCUCACUUAUAUGAUGACAUCAGAAUCCCUUAACAUUUGCCCGCUCAUAGCCACACUGAUCCGUAUUGCAGGUGUUAUAUUUUGUGGGGUGUCAUUGACAACAUUAACCGCAAUAAGCGUGGAGAGACUUCUCGCACUGUUGCUGGUAAUGAGGUAUAGGGAGGUGGUUACUCUAAGACGCGUUCGUAUUCUGGUGACCACACUGUGGGCUUUUUGUGGUAUUCUUUCGAUGCUGUUUUUAGUCAGUUACCACGUCGCUGUAGGAAUGGUUAGCAUAAUAAUGCUAAUGUGUUUAAUUGUUUCUGUUUUCUGUUACACAAAAAUUUAUGUCGCUUUUAAUCGACACCAGAGAAUGUUGGAACAAAACACUCCUCAGAGAAAUCCCAACAAACCUGGAGGAGAACUUCUUCUGAGCACACCACGAUACAAAAAGACAGUUUCCUUCUCACUGCUGCUGCAAAUGGCGUUAGUGAUAUGCUAUUUUCCCCUUGCAAUUGUCCUAGCUGUGUUUGCCUUCGCCAAACUACAGUCGUCAAUUCUUGAUUUCGUCUACAACAUAGCAUUGUCUGUGGUUGUGUUCAAUUCAUCACUGAACCCGAUUCUUUACUUCUGGAAGAUCCAAGAGGUGAGACAGGCAGUAAAGGACACAAUUAGAAAGCUUGCUGGUCACUUGACAAUUAAAGGGUGAUGAAACAGGUGUCAUUGACUAGCAAAAAGUAACAUAACUUCUGAAAUAACUUUUUUUAAAAUCAAACACUAAUACAUUUUUCGUUUGUAGA